UUAAACCGGAAGUUGUUGUGCUGCAUAUCCUCAGUGUGACAUCCGAUGUGGAGGCUCCUGUUCUGGAAACAUGUUUCUGACAUCGGUAAACUUGGCCAAGAGCAAAUCAAAGACACUCCUGGUCCAGAUGAUGAGUGCGGCCGGGACAGGGUACUGCUUUAACACCAAGAGGAACAGGCUGCGUGAGAAGCUGGUGCUGAGGAAACAUGACCCCAAAGUGAACAAGCAUGUCCUUUUCUUUGAGAAGAAGAAGAUCCGCUCCAUCUAAAGCAGCAAAUCAUCACACACAGACUUUGAUUCAGUAUAAAUGGAUCUCUUUGAAAGAAUUCCUGAAUUUUGUAACAGGAGAACUGGUGUAAAUGUUGUUGUGUGUUUUUUUUUUUUUUUUAAAUCAGAAAGCUGUUUAAGGUGAAAUGUUUAAUUGGGAAACAAAAAUGAAAACCCUAAAUGGUUUAGUAUUUUAUUAAAUGUUAUAGUGAAAAGGUACUGUUUUGUAUCAACAUUUAUUUUAUCUUGAUACACUGCACUGUAAUGUAUUAGUAUGUGAAAACAAAAGUAAAAUACAACAUAGAAAGUUUCAGGUCUAUUUGACCCAGCUCUAGUUUCCAAUUAGCUUAAG